AUGGGUUCAAGAAAAAAAGAGAUGCCAAUAAUAAACACUCCAGGUCCUGGAAAAUAUCAUCCCAUUCUACCUUUUAGAUAAAGUCCAAGAGCAGUGAUAUCAGGUUCAAAAGACUCCUUCUAUAAAAUAAUUGAUUCUCCAGGACCUGGAAGAUAUAACCAAUUAUCAUAUACAACUCAUGGAUUUAAGUUUCCUUAAGAAAAGCGAUUAUUAACAAAUCUCAAUUAAUCUCCAGGUUUAGCCAAAUGCAAUCAAACUAAUAAAUUUUUUGCCCUUAAUUAUUACAUUCCAAAAGAAGAAAGAAAAUAAAAAAUAAAUUUUUUAGCAACUGGACCUGGAUUUUACAACAUUCCUUCAUUAAUAAGAGCAGAUAUUGGUUUCAAAAUACCUAAAAGUUAAAGAAAAAAUAAAAUUGAAAUUUUUCCUGGUCCUGGUGAGUAUAGUUUUUUGGAAACCAAAACAAAAAGUAUCAAAAUUGGAACUAGUCAAAGAAUUGAAAAAUCAAUGUUAUUUGGACCUGGACCAGCAGAUUAUUCUCCCAGAAUUACAACUGAUUCUUCUCCAAGAGCUAUUUUUGGUACAGAAUCAAGGGGAAAUAAUAAAAAAGAGAAAUUUCCUGGUCCAGGAGAUUAUGAAUUACCUUAAAGUAGAAGUUUGAGUGUAAGAAUUAUAAAUAAAUAAGUUUUCAUUUCCUAAAUAAAAUUUGCAAUAAAAAUCCAAACCUUCUACUCCUAUCAGUUAUAUAAAUGAUUACACUAGUUUAAGAAAGACUUCUAUAUCUUUUGGAAAGGCAUAGAAAGGUAAUAAAAAAUCUGAAAUCAUUCCUGUAAAAUUAAUCAAGUAUUUUAGGGUCCUGGAUAAUAUGAUAUAGAAGGGUUCUUUAGAAAGAGAAUUAAGUCAAGGGAUGGAUUAAAUUUGUGA